GUAAAAAUCCCACUGGAUGGUAAAACAGAAUCUAAAUCGUUACAAUGAUUUAGUUUUGCCAUCCCUCUUAGUAAAAAUAACCUAAAAUUAAAAAAAAACAAACAUUUCGUUUUCAGUUAUUAUCCUUAUUAUUAAUUAUUCUUGGCAUUACAUGACUAAACUAGUACUAUAAGUUCUGUUGAUAUAAAUAGUUAUUUGUAAGCAUGACAGAACAUUUGCAAUUUAAAGAUAGCAAUCCAGGAGCAGUAAAAUAUGGUAAUUUUAUAAAUUACUACCAGUUUCAUCCUCCAGAAGAAAGGAUAGGUUUACUGCCCAAGGAUAUCUGGGUACAGAACAGUAAUGAUUUCCUAGCUUUGGACAUAGGGUGUAAUUCAGGUGACCUAACUUUUGCUCUUUGGAAGUUUCUGAAAUCAGCUGUGAUGCAAGAUGUCUUCUUUUUGGCAGUAGAUAUUGACCCAGUACUUAUUGAACGUGCUAAAGAAGCCAAUAAGGAUAACAGGAUUUGCUUCCACUGUUUGGACAUUGUGGAUGAAACCAACAGAAACCAUGUUAUAAACAAUUACUUACAGUUGAAAAAUGCUGUGCAAUUUGAUGCUGUUUUUUGCUUUUCCACAACUAUGUGGAUCCAUCUGAACCAUGGAGAUAUUGGACUCAAAGUUUUUUUAUCUUACAUAUCAAAGCUUGGGAAAUUAUUGGUAAUUGAACCUCAGCCAUGGAAGUGUUACAAAUCUGCUCUUAAGAGAGUGAAAGACAAAACAAUUUUCCCAUAUUUCCAAACUUUGAAAAUACGAGGCAACAUUGAAAGUGAGAUUGAAAAAUAUUUAGUAGAGGAAAUAGGUUUAGUGAAAGUGUUUGAUAGUGAAAGAACUAAUUGGGACAGGAAAAUCAUGAUUUUCAAAUAGAAUGAAGAAUCUUUGAAUUUGAUCAUGCCGUUUUAUUAAAUUGAUUUCCUGUAACAUCACGGUUCGUAACGUGAAUCCCCAGUAGACUGUGAACAGAAUUGGCCAUCACUACAAUUAACGAAUCUAAAAAGUAUUGUCCUUACGUCCCAUGCUUCGGAAAUGUCAAUCUGUAAUGUGUUCUGUGAAUUGACAGUUUAUCGAAUGGUGGUUUGUUUUGGUGUGUAAAUUGUGGAAUCGCUGGUGAUAAAAUUCGAUUGAUUCUCAAAAGUUUCUCAGUAUUCAGUAUCUCCGUCCGAUUACCGGUAAAAGACAUGGAAGUUGGCUGUAAGCUGCGGAACAUCUGCAGAGCAUGUUUAACGGAAGAAGGCGAAUUCAGAUCGAUUUUUGUUCCGGAGCUGAGCUCUGGACUGUCUUUGCACCUCUCAGAAAUGAUAGUUUCCUGUGCAACAGUACAGAUAUCCCUCGGCGACGGUUUGCCAGAACAAAUCUGCUCAUCUUGCGUCUCCAGCGCGGUGAACAUGUACAUUUUCAAGACCAAAUGCGAAGAAAGCGAUAAAAUUCUUCGAGAAAGACUGAAGAAAAUCUCGAUCUACUACGAUAACCAGUACUAUAAGGUGACUCUCAACGAGAACGAUUCUCUAAAGAAAGAAGAAAUCGAAGUAGCACCAGCAGAUCGUGAGAUCGUCGUCAAAAGCACCGAAAAUCUCAAAAGCAAAUUGGAUCAUUUAGAGGAGGAGGAAGGAGGUUUGAAACUAGAGCUUGCCGAUGUAGACACCAAAUUACCACAAGACGACACAAUUAUCUCGGAAGAGCUGGACAGAUUUGAAUUUGAUGAUGCGUAUAAACAGGAUGAUAGUACAGACAGUGAAGAAGAGAAGCUGAAAGUUCCUGAAAUCGUGAUGUCUGCUUUAGAAGAUAAAUCGAAAGAUUUUGAAUGUGAGAUUUGUUUGAAGAAGUUUGCGCGGAGUGAUCUGCUUCUUAGGCACAAAAUAGCCCAUGCGAUGAAAAUGGAGGACCAGCAACGUAGGAUGAGCAGUUCUGACUCUGAUAAAGAGUCAUUGAAUGGUGAAGUUAGCCACCACGUCAACAUCAAGACGGAACUGAGUACGUACGCUUGUACAAGGUGUGAUGCGCUCUUUAUGCAGAAGGCUGAUUUGGAAGUUCAUGUGAAAAAGGAGCACAUCAAGGAAGAAUACAAGGUGAGUUGCCCGUUGUGCCCCAAGAAGUUCGUCAAGUUGUAUCAGCUAAACCGGCAUACGAAGGCGGCACAUUCCACCGUGGAAAGGCAAUAUAAAUGUUCUAGUUGUGACAAGACGUACUCAAAGCCAGAUCAAUUGCGAAGCCAUCUGAAGACACAUCACGGAGAGGGGAAUGUCAAACCGCACGUUUGUGACAUUUGUUUCAAAGGUUUCAACCAGAUAUCGAAUCUAAAAGAUCAUAUGCGAACCCAUAAUGGAGAAAAGCCGUUCCUGUGUUCAACUUGCGGCAAGGGUUUUAACCAGCUGGGCAAUUUGAGGCAACAUACCGUGAGGCAUAGUGGGGUUAAGGCCCAUUUGUGCAGCACCUGCGGUAGCGGGUUUGCCAGCAAAGGAGAGCUGUCUGCGCAUCUUAGAAAACAUACUGGAGCACGGCCCUUCAUAUGUGACGUUUGUCAGCACGGUUUCACUACCAGUAGCUCCUUAACAAAACACAAGCGGAUCCAUUCUGGCGAAAAACCGUAUGAAUGCGACACCUGCAAGAUGAAGUUUUCCAGGUCCGGCAUCUUGGCGAGGCACAAAAGGACACACACUGGGGAGAAGCCUUACAAGUGCAAUUAUUGUUCGAAAGCAUUCUCGCAGUCCAACGAUCUCACCUCACAUUUAAGGAUUCAUACUGGAGAGAAACCAUUCAUCUGUGAUCAGUGUGGACAAGCCUUUAGACAGAGCUCGGCGUUGAAGACCCACAAAAAGACCCACGAAAAGCCUGAGUUUGUGGAGAUGAAACCAGUUGUGGUUGAUGGUAUCUACAACUGGUCCUUAUAGCUGAGUAAAGACACCAACCAAAGUAUAGUAUUUUUAAAAUGAGACUGUUUCAUACCGUAUCUCAGAAUUAGAGUCGACAGUUUUUUUCUGAUACCAAUUUUUGUUGUACACUAUGUAAGCAUUGAAUAAGUGAGAGAUCUGUUGCUACAGACAUGCACGGGUCUGUUUUAGCCUUGAAAUUUGUCAAUACAGCUUGGCUACUGACAGCAGAGGGCAAAUUCAACGGUAUAAUAUAGGUAUCAACGUCUGUACUGUACUGUAGUUACCUACAAUAUAGUAGGAUCCAUAACAGUGUAUUUCUUGUUACCAUGAUCUUUUUUUGGUCAAUUAAAUUAUAACUGGAUUUAUACUAUUUUUCGGAAUGAAUGUUACGUCAUUUGAAAUGUGUAUAUGUUUUAUUCAUUAUUCACAAUUGUUUGUUUUAUUUUUUAGUACAGUACUACCAAUGUCAUGUAGUAAAGAUGAAUUUUAUUGUAGUCAAACUUUACCAAGCCACUAAAAUAGAUCUACAAAUAUUUGUUUUUAUAUGCAGAUUGUUUUGUAAAUAGUGAUGUGACAUAGACGUUUUGAAAAGACACUUUGUACUGCCAGUAAGGCCGAUAUUUUGUAUUUAUUGUAAAUAUAUGAGUUUAAUAUAUUAUUUAAUUACAA